AUGAGCGGAUCCACUCUCAAAGUUGGGGACUCAUUCCCUGAGGAUAUCGUCUUCUCGUACAUCCCAUACACUGAAGAGAAGUCGGAUAUCACCUCCUGUGGUAUUCCAAUCAAUUACAAUGCCAGCAAAGAAUUUGCUGGCAAAAAGGUCGUUCUUUUUUCCGUCCCCGGUGCCUUCACACCUGGCUGUUCUGCCCGUCACCUCCCCGGCUACAUCGAAAAGCUCUCAGACCUCAAAUCCAAGGGUGUCGAUAUUGUCAUUGUCAUUGCAUACAAUGAUGCUUUCGUCAUGAGCGCCUGGGCCAAAGCUAACAACGUCAAGAACGAUGACAUCAUCUUUGCUUCUGAUGGUGAAGCCAAAUUCAGCAAGCUUCUUGGGUGGACCCUUGGUGAGAGAACUGCUCGAUAUGCCUUGAUUAUCGAGAACGGAAAGAUUGUCUACGCUGAGAACGAGGAAAAGCCUGGCGAGGUUACUGUUAGCGGUGCUGAGGCGGUUUUGGCAAAGUUGUGA